ACAUAUGGUCAGUCUGUUUCCCCAAUAAUUGUACCUCUUUUAAACAGUAAAUAUAGCUUUAGUUUAGUGUGAUCAGUUGGUUCUGGACUUCCUAUGACUGUUGCUUGUUUGUCUGGUUUCCAUUUUUGGGGGGUUUUUUAAUGCGAUUCUUGAUAUUCCUAUUUUUUCCUUCAUUGUGUUAUUGCUGCUGAUACCCCUAUGCAGAUAACUACAGCAUUGUUCAAAUUUGUCUAUGUAUAUUACCUUCUAUUUUAUUCGUCUCCGUACCAUCACAUAACUUCAGACUGUACAUGGUGGCAUGUAAUUGGAAUCAGACCUCAUUUCGAUUAGGUUCUAAUUAUAUGUGGAAGUAAUUAUGCUUCCAUUUACCAAUGGAAAAGGUCAAUAGUUAUUAAAGUGAAUAUUGAACAUUAUAGUAAGUAGUAGCUAAUGAGAAUACACUUAUGGAAAUUUUUUUCACUUUAGCUGACUUGUAGUUGAUUGAUGCUUUCAUGUUGAAGAUAUCCAUGAACUUUACUUGUGUGAUUUAAUACGCUAACAAUGUGCCUUCGUACAUGAUUAUUCAGGUUAUAGGAUUAGAAUAAAGGAGAUGGAUGAUGUGGUAACUGACCUUCCGCCACCAUCAAGAUUUUUGUUGGAAGAUCUCAACAAUUUCACUCCUCCAUCUCAACCUCUUCCAUCUCCAUUCCUAGUGUUCUCACUGGAUUCCAAUAAAAGCUUUCAUCCAUCACUUCUCAUAGUUGCUAUGUCUUCCCCAUCUCUUCAUUUUUUACACCACCUCUCCUUCAAAACUCUAAUUGGCGCUCUUGUUCUUCCAGAGUUCGCUUUCUCUGGCAACACUGUGGAACCCUCACUUGGUGACAAAUCAUGCAAUAUAUAUGCCCUUAAUCAUUCUGAUAAACUGAUUAUGAUUGCUCUUGUUCAGUACUCUGUUACUGCAGAGAGAUCCCAUGAAGUGUCAAAGUUGCUGAUUGGUGAACGCAUCAUACCUGAGAGGGUUUUGAUUUUGGAUUCUGUUCAAAGUCGUUACUUUCAUGGUAAACUUUCACCAGAUGACAUAUUUGCAGUCAAGUUGGAGACAUCAUUGGAAAGAAAAAGUUCGGAUACUGGAGAUUCACCGCUGAUAAAAGGGUUGGAUUAUUUCUCAUCAGGAAGUGUGGUGGACGGCCUGGCUGCUGCUUUGUUGAGUCGAUGUCAAUUGAAGAAGAUCAAAGGGACUCUCUGUGUUUCAUGGCCUCAUUUCGGUAUUUCAGUGAUGUCACUGAUUAAGUCGCUGCUGCUGAAGGAUGUUCUGGCUGGCAUAAAUCCUAGUAGUGAUAUGAAUUUGGAGAGUGGGUAUUUAAGUUUUAGUCGUAGGAAGGAUCUUCAUCUCGAUUCUGAGUUGUAUACUUGAUCUGCUAGAUUUUAGGUUUUUCCAUAACAGACUUAUAUCUCAUUUUUCUUGUUGUCUUCCAAUUUUCUUUCUUCUUGUAUUUUGAGAAAAGCUUGCCUUUAAACCCUUCAUGUAUACGGAUAAUAGUUUUGAGAAUGCACUUGUUUCUGUUCCUUAUUUUUGUUA